AUGUUUGUCCAGCGCUCUGCCAUUGCUGCUGCGAGGCGGGUUGCCCCCCGCGCCUUUGCCCAGCGCGCCUUCAGCACCUCGUUUAUCCGCCGCGACGCCAACAAUGAAGCCAAGGAGAGCAACAUUGCGCAGAAGGAGACGGGCCACUCUGCCAAUGCCCCGAGCAUCCUAGAGGGAUUUAAGAAGCUCGAGGAGAUCAAGUCCGAGGCCGACCUUCUUGCUCCCGGUGCGCAGCCCGGUACCGUUCCCACUGAUGCCGAGCAUGCCACGGGUCUUGAGCGUCUCGAGAUUCUUGGAAAGAUGCAGGGCAUCGACAUUUUCGACAUGAGGCCAUUGGAUGCCAGCCGCGUCGGCACCAUGGAGGACCCGAUUGUGGUCAACUCGGCGGGCGACGAGCAGUAUGUGGGGUGCACUGGAUGCCCUGCUGAUUCGCACAAUGUCAUCUGGAUCACGCUCACGCGCGAGGAGCCCAAGUCUCGCUGCAUGGAGUGCGGAUCCGCGUACGAGAUGCACUACGUUGGACCGGCAGAGGACAGCCACGGGCACGACGACCACCACGGGCACCACGAGAACCCAUACCCAAGGCCCAAGAACAUGGCAGACUUUAUCAAGCCCGAAUACGCCGAGCUGUAA